UGCGGGGUGAGAGUUGCUUGCUGACGAUUUUGUAGGGAUGGGGAUGGGGAUCCAACUACGCCACAACGCCAGACGGAGUACUUCGACUACCUCGUCGUCGCGUCGGGGUACUUUGCGCGGCCGUUUAUACCGGAUAUCCCUGGGUUGACGGGGGUGUUUGCGGAGGAGAGGGCGGUGCAUAGUUCUGCGGUGCAGGAGAUAGAUGAUCUGCGGGCUUUGUUGGAGCGUGUUCGGGUUGGGACAUCUGGUGAUGAUGGUGCUGCUGCUGGGGGGAAGCUGGUCGUCGUCGGGGGCAGCAUGUCCGGCGUGGAGACUGCGUCGGCGGUGGCGUUGCACCUCUCUUCCAUGAACCCUGAGCCUGGGCAGCUCGAAGUCCAUCACAUCUGCUCGCGUCCGUUCUGGACGGUUCCGACCUAUUUACCCAAGCCAACCCCGGACCAAGCACCCGGAACUCCUGUGAAUUUCCUCCCCCUCGACCUCGUCUUCUACGACCGCGCCCGCCGCCCCCCGGGCCCAAUCGAGUACGCAGUUGGCCCGCUCUCUCCGGACCAGAUCUCUAGAUCGAACGCCUGGUUCGGCCAGUUGCUGGGCAGCGAGUACGCUCGGAUCGGGAGCUUUGGCAUCUCGACGGAAAUGCAACCCUCGUGGGUGGCCAUCGGCAACGACUACGCGGAAUACGUGCGCGCCGGUGCGGUGAAAGUCACCAUCGGCCGCGUCGCCCACCUGACCCCCACCCCCUCGAACAAUCGCGCCGGUCUAGAGAUCACGCUGCCGAACGGCGAGACCAGCGUCCUGGAAGAUGUCGCCGCCAUCAUCCUCGCCACGGGCUUCACGCCCAGCGACUCGCUCGCCUUCCUCCCGCCCUCCGUCCUCUCUACCCUUGAAUACUCCCCCGACGACGCAUUCGUCCCCCUCAUCCUCAACAACAAGGGCACCUCACACUCCGAAAUUCCGGACCUGGGGUUCGUGGGCUUCUACCGCGGUCCCUACUGGGGGGUCAUGGAGAUGCAAGCGCGGAGUCUGGCCGCGCGCUGGAGUACAUCGCCAGCGGAGCAUCCAGCACCAGACCGCUCCCCUGCCCUUGCUGAUGAUGAAACCGGGAAGGAAACCGAACGAGAACGAGAGAAACUGCGCCGCCUCCGCAACCAAACCAGGCAACGGAGCCAGUUCCCCAUGGGCGACUACGUCGGCCUCAUGGAGGCCUUCGCCAGGGAGCUGGGGAUUUCUCGGCUGCCUGUCCUAAACCCAAGCCGAAACCCAGACCCAGACCUUGACUCAGACGCAGACCAGCCGAACACGCUGCUUGACCCCGUUAUACCGGCUAGAUACCCCUAUCCCUAUCCCUCAGCAUCCUCUCCACCCCCCGAUGACCCCACAAAGACCCUAACCUCCCUAGCCACCACCCUCUCCCCGACCCCUCGCACAGCAACAGCAACAGCAACAGCCAUCUUCCGAGCCCUACACGGCGCGUGGCACUUCUCCCGCACGACAACAUCAACAAUCCCAGAGCGAGAGUCCUCUGCUCCGAUAUCAGAACAAUCAGAUAACAAGACAGUCCGAACGACAACCGGAUCCGCGACCUUCAAACCCCGCUACGUCACCCGGCCCGGGUGCGGGUACGAGCGCGAGUAUCUUUACACGGAGACUGAAUCCCAGGAUGCACCCCAGGAUGAACCCCGGUCUCAACCCCAAACUCAACUCCCGCGACCAGAUUCCACAGAGCCAUCACGCAGGAGCAGUAUCAUCCUAGAGGACAGGAUAAAGCGGGGAGUGUAUCGCCUUCUCGGCGAUGGAGUAGGGUCUGCAUUCGUGGACCGCAAGCGGAGCGGAUGGAUCCAUGUUUGGGAUGGUGAUGCCGAGGCUCGUGCUGGGGGUGAUGGAAAUACACCUCCGGUGGAGCGGUUCUCGCAUGGGAUACAAAUCUCGCAGGCGAGGUUGAUUGUUGCGGGGUUUGAUGGUGGACUUGGUCAGAAGGAAGUAGGUGGGAAAGAUAGUGGGCAUAGGUGGUAUCGUGUCUGUGGCACUGGGGAGAAUAGUGAUGGUGCUACGUGGGAAUAUGAGUUCCAUCUGGAGGGGGUCUCUGUUGUACGGUGGGAGUGUGUGAGCGAGACAGCGCGAUUGUCUGGUCGAAGGAUUACGAGGACGGUGUAUAUACGCUGAAGGAGUGAGAUAUCAUGAGCACUCUUGGAUCACUCUACGUCAAUUGAGCACUAUGGCA